AUGUCUGCUCCCAACGCCAACAACCCCAACGAGGGCAUCAUCGGCCAGGCCGUCAACUCUGUCAAGAACGCCGCCAACUACGUCUCCGAGACCGUCCAGGGCCAGUCCGCUGAGGCCUCCAAGGAGGGCAACAAGCAGCAGGCCAAGGGCAACGUCCCCGGCCAGGACUCCAUCACCGACCGUGCCUCCGGUGCUCUCAACGCUGCUGGUGACAAGAUCAACCAGGAGAAGCACGAGGGCUCCGCCGAGGCCAACAAGCGCUCCAUCUAA